UCCCUAUUUCAUUAUUGACGUGAUCUAUCCGCUCAGUUUCUCAUCUUACUUGAGUGCUGUCCGUUUGUUUGUCCAUUGCUCAUGUGUUGAACGAACACCCUCCACAUUCUCAUUCUCAUGAGUAGAUCGAGUUGCGCACAUUUGUUCCACAUCUUGUGCCAUUAUCAUGCGUGGUCAAGAUGUUUAAGAACUGUUUGCUCUGAUCGGUCGCUUUGGUUUAUGUUAAGGUCUGAGAAAGUCUCGACUCAGUUAAUCUCCGUCCUUUCUCGUGGAAAGAGCUCGAGGAUUCUUUGCUAAACAAACUGGGCCUAACAAAUCAGACUCGUUGCUUCCUUCCUCAUGGAUCGUUACCGGCGUUCCAAUUCCGUUCCAUCCGAGGAGCCUAAAGGGACCAAAGCGUUUCUACACUUACAAGAUGGUUCCAUCGUGGAAGGAGUGUCUUUUGGAGCGGAGAGAAGUGUGGGCGGAGAAGUUGUGUUCCAAACUGGCAUGGUGGGGUACACGGAAUCUCUCACGGAUCCCUCCUAUUGUGCUCAAAUCCUCAUUCUCACGUAUCCUUUGGUUGGCAAUUAUGGAAUUCCCGCCGAAUGUCUGAAUGAAGAGACCAACUUGCUAGAAUGGUUCGAAUCUCGAACGAUAUGGGCCAACGGCUUGAUAGUGGAUGAGUUAUGCGAGACUCCCAGUCAUUGGAACCACCGACAAAGCUUGAGCGAAUGGCUUUUGGAACAAAACAUCCCGGCCAUUCGAGGCGUGGACACGCGUGCACUCACCCAAAAGAUCCGAGAGCAUGGGACCAUGUUGGGCAAGAUCGUGGUGGGUGAUGAGGAUGUGAACCAAGUUCCGGAUGUGGAUCCGGGGAAAAUCAAUCUCGUGGCAGAAGUGUCCUUGAAGAACAAGCAAGUGAUUAACCCCAAGGGAUCGCCCACUAUUUGUGUGGUUGAUUGUGGGUUGAAAUACAACCAAGUGAGGUGUUUGGUCAAACGGGGAGCUCGGGUUGAGAUCGUUCCGUGGGAUCAUCCUUUAGACGAAUCAGAAUAUGACGGCCUUUUCUUGAGCAAUGGUCCAGGAGAUCCCCAAGUGUGUGCUAAGACCGUCAAGAAUAUUCAAAACAUUCUUAAAUCAAGUGGGAAAGUGAAACCCAUCUUUGGGAUUUGUUUGGGACAUCAACUUUUGUCUGUGGCUGUUGGUUGUCAAACGAAGAAAAUGAAGUAUGGUAAUCGGGGCCACAACCAACCAUGUGUCCAUCUCACCUCAAAGCGGUGCUUCAUGACCGCUCAAAAUCAUGGUUAUGAUGUUGAUGCCUCAACAAUUCCCAGACAUUGGUCAGCAUUAUUCACGAACGCGAAUGACGGCAGCAACGAAGGUCUAGUUUCCGACGACCUACCCGUCUUCUCGGUCCAAUUCCACCCCGAGCAUACUGCCGGGCCCGAGGAUCUAGAAUGUCUCUUUGACGCUUUUUUCGAUCUGAUUCGACACCCGGACACCAAAGCCGCUGUGGCUGUGGCGGAUCAAAUCAAGAAAAUUAAUCCGAGCUUUGCGGCAUUGGAUCCCGAGCAAAACUCCACCAAGCCUCGGAAAGUGCUGAUCCUAGGCUCGGGAGGUCUUUCUAUUGGUCAAGCCGGAGAGUUUGAUUAUUCCGGGUCACAAGCUAUCAAAGCUUUAAAAGAAGAAAAUGUGUCCACCAUCUUGAUCAACCCUAACGUGGCCACUGUUCAAACCAGCAAAGGUUUAGCUGAUAAGGUCUACUUCUUGCCCAUCACCACGGAAUACGUCGAACAGGUGAUUGAAUCUGAGCGCCCUGAUGGGGUUCUUUUGACCUUUGGCGGUCAGACAGCCUUGAAUUGUGGUGUUGAACUAGAUCGGAUGGGAAUUUUCUCCAAAUACAACGUAAAGAUCUUGGGUACGCCCAUCAAGUCGAUCGUAGACUCGGAAGAUCGGAAGUUAUUUGCUGAAAGGAUCGCUGAAAUCGGAGAGAAAGUGGCUCCUUCGUGUAUCGUGAGCACUGUGGAUGAAGCCCUUCAAUCUGCUCAUCAACUUGGCUAUCCGGUUUUGGCCCGAGCCGCCUAUGCCUUGGGAGGUUUGGGCUCCGGAUUUGCCAACAACGAUCGAGAACUGCAGAAAUUGACCAAGACGGCGUUUGCUCACUCGUCUCAAGUCAUCAUUGAUAAGUCCCUUAAAGGCUGGAAGGAGGUUGAAUACGAGGUGGUUCGAGAUGCUUACGACAACUGCAUUACGGUUUGCAAUAUGGAAAAUUUGGAUCCAUUGGGAAUUCACACGGGGGAAUCAAUUGUAGUGGCCCCGAGUCAGACCUUGACGAAUCGAGAGUACAACAUGCUUCGGACAACCGCUAUCAAUAUCAUCCGUCAUUUGGGCGUGGUGGGCGAGUGUAAUGUUCAAUACGCCCUCAACCCGAAAUCCGAACAAUACUUUAUCAUCGAAGUGAAUGCUCGUUUGUCUCGGAGCUCAGCCUUGGCUAGUAAAGCCACGGGAUAUCCUCUGGCCUACAUUGCCGCCAAAUUGGCGUUGGGUCGAUCUUUGUCUGACUUGAAGAACACGGUCACGGGGUGUACAACGGCUUGCUUCGAGCCAAGUCUGGAUUAUUGCGUGGUUAAGAUCCCUCGCUGGGAUAUGAGCAAGUUUUCGCGUGUGAGCACCAAGAUCGGGAGUUCCAUGAAAUCGGUGGGUGAAGUCAUGGCCAUAGGUCGAAAAUUCGAGGAAGCCAUCCAGAAAGCACUUAGGAUGGUGGACGAGUCCGUUCAAGGUUUCGACCCUUAUGCCAAGCCUGUUUGUGAGGAGGAACUUCGCGAACCCACGGAUAAACGCAUGUUCGUUUUGGCUUCAGCCAUGAAGGCUGGAUAUUCCAUUGACAAGCUUUACGAGCUCACCAAGAUCGACCAUUGGUUUUUAAGCAAGCUCCGAAACAUCAUCGAUUGGUACGAGAUAUUGGAAAAGAAACACGUCGGGAACAUCACCGGUAACAUUUUGAACGGGGCCAAACAGUUGGGAUUCAGUGAUAAGCAGAUCGCGGCUGUGAUGGAAAGUUCCGAGAUGGUGAUUCGAUCCCGGCGACGAGAGUUCGGGAUCACUCCUUGGAUCAAGCAGAUCGACACCGUGGCUGCCGAAUGGCCGGCCUCGACCAACUAUCUGUAUCUGACCUACAAUGGCUCGUGCCACGACGUGGAGUUCUCCACUCAGCCUCACACCAUGGUCAUCGGGUCGGGGGUGUAUCGCAUUGGCAGUUCGGUCGAGUUCGAUUGGUGCGCCGUCGGUUGUAUUCGUGAGCUCCGGAGGCUGGGCAAGAAAACCAUCAUGGUCAAUUACAAUCCUGAAACCGUGAGCACCGACUACGAUAUGUGCGAUCGUCUCUACUUUGACGAGAUCUCGUUCGAGGUGGUCAUGGACAUUUAUCAGUUGGAACAUCCAGAAGGCGUGAUCCUGAGUGUGGGCGGGCAAUUGCCCAAUAACAUUGCCAUGAGUCUCUACCGGCAGAAAGUGAACGUGUUGGGAACCUCUCCGGAGAGCAUUGAUAACGCCGAGAAUCGCUACAAGUUUUCUCGAUUGUUGGAUACCAUCGAAAUCAAGCAACCCAGGUGGAAGGAGCUCAAAGACUUCCACUCUGCUCGAGAUUUCUGCCAGCAAGUAGGAUUUCCGUGCCUGGUUCGACCCUCCUAUGUCCUGAGUGGUGCCGCCAUGAACGUGGCUCAUAAUGUUCAGGAUCUGGAGACCUAUCUGAACGAAGCUACGGCGGUCAGGCUCAGUAAAGAACACCCCGUUGUCAUUAGCAAGUUUAUCACGGAUGCCAAGGAGAUUGAUGUGGAUGCCGUGGCGCGCAAGGGCGAGAUUAUCUGCAUGGCUGUAUCCGAACAUGUGGAAAAUGCGGGUGUUCAUUCAGGGGACGCCACUCUUGUCACCCCACCAGGGGAUAUCAAUGACGAAACUUUGCAGAAAAUCAAGGACAUCACUUACAAGAUUGCUCAAGCCUUGUUCGUGUCCGGUCCCUUUAAUAUGCAACUCAUUGCCAAGGACAACGAGCUCAAGGUCAUUGAGUGUAAUCUCCGGGUGUCUCGAUCAUUUCCCUUUGUCUCCAAGACUUUAGGCUAUGACUUCAUUGCCACAGCCACCAAUGUGAUUGUGGGCAAUAACCCGGAACCAAUUGACGUGCUCCACGGAAUCGGAAAGGUUGGAGUAAAGGUCCCUCAAUUCUCGUUCUCUCGCUUGGCGGGUGCAGAUGUGACUCUGGGCGUGGAAAUGUCUUCCACCGGGGAAGUAGCUUGCUUUGGAGAGGAUCGCUUUGAGGCCUAUUUGAAGGCCAUGAUGAGUACCGGCUUCAAAAUCCCGCAAAGCAAUAUUUUACUCUCUGUCGGAUCGUACAAGCACAAAGUGGAAAUCCUGCCUAGCAUCCGAUUGCUACAUGAAUUGGACUACAAGCUUUAUGGUAGCUUGGGCACAUCGGAUUACUUUCGAGAGCACGGUAUACCCGUUGAACCGAUCGAGUGGAUGUACGAAAACUUGGGUGAUGACAUCAAAAUCAACUCCAUGGCCGGUCAAAUGGUCAGUAUGGCAGAUUACCUGAGUAACAAACACUUUGAUAUGGUGAUCAACUUGCCGAUGAGAACAUGUGGAGCAGGUCGAGUCUCUUCUUUCAUCCCAACGUAUGGAUAUCGAACCCGCAGAAUGGCUAUUGACUACAGUGUGCCUUUGAUCACGGAUGUGAAAUGCGCCAAGCUGCUCAUCGAGUCCAUUGGAAAACUGAAAAAGCAAUCUCCGAAACUCAAGACCCACAUUGAUUGCAUCUCCAGUAGCCGCAUCGUCCGGUUGCCAGGGCUGAUCGACCCUCACGUUCAUCUACGCGAUCCUGGAGCCACUCACAAAGAAGAUUUCGCCACGGGGACGGCAGCCGCUUUAGCCGGUGGUGUGACCAUGAUGCUGGUCAUGCCCAACACCAACCCUUCUAUUGUGGAUGCAGAGACCUUGACCAUGGCCAAGGGUAUUGCUCGCCAAAAGGCGUACUGUGAUUAUGCAUUGAAUGUCGGCGCCUCUGCUGGUAAUGCCAAACUCAUUGCACCCUUGGCCAAGCAAGUGGGAGCUUUAAAGAUGUACCUCAAUGAAACAUUUACCACGCUUAGAUUGGACAACAUGACUGAUUGGAUGACCCACUUUGAACAUUGGCCUUUGACCUCUCCAAUUUGCGUUCAUGCUGAAGGCCGUAGCACUGCGGCAGCUAUUCUUUUGGCUAGCUUGUACGACCGACCUUUACAUAUUUGUCACGUGGCGCGGAAGGACGAGAUCGAGAUCAUCAAGGCGGCUAAACUGAAGGGUCUGGCGAUCACGUGUGAGGUGUGCCCUCAUCAUUUGUUCCUGACCGAAGAACAUGCCAAAGCCAUGGGCAAUGCUGGGCAGGUUCGGCCGAACUUAGUCACCAAGGAGGAUCAGAACGCCUUAUGGGAAAAUCUGGAGUUCAUCGACUGUUUUGCCACUGACCAUGCUCCACAUACACUGGAAGAAAAAAACAGCGAACAAAGUCCUCCCGGAUUCCCUGGAUUGGAGACAAUACUGCCUUUAAUGCUGACGGCUGUCAAUCUUGGCCGCAUGACCUUGAACGACCUCAAGCAGAAAAUGCAUGACAACGCUAAAAGGAUCUUCAAUCUGCCCACCCAGUCCGAUACUUACAUCGAAGUUAACAUGGACGAAGCGUGGACCAUUCCAGAGGAAACGACCUUCAGUAAAGCCAAGUGGACCCCCUUCGCGGGGAUGCCCGUCAUUGGACGUCUCAAACGAGUGGUCUUGCGUGGCAAGCUGGCUUUUGUCGAUGGCCAAGUUCUAAUUGAUCCAGGAUUUGGCGAAGAUGUCCGCACUUGGAAGCAAAAGCUAACCACCUUGACGGCUCUAGCCAAGGAUCCAGUUGGACCCAGAUCAAACUCGUCUUUGACCAACACUUCAAUCAAAAAUGCGAACAUGGCGCCCAUCGUGGAGACUAAACCAUCCCCUCGCCCAAGUCCACAAACCUUGCAAAAGAAGCUCUCGAUCCCCGUUGGGAUUCCCAUGAUUCGAACUCAUCACGACCUUCAGAAUCGGCACGUCCUGGAAUCGACCAUGUUUGACAAGGACACGCUAUAUUCGAUCUUCAAUCUGGCAGAGACGUUUCGAUCGUGUGUGGCCUUGGACCAAUCGAUUGAUCACAUUCUCAAGGGCAAGGUCAUGGCCUCCAUGUUCUACGAGGCCAGUACCAGGACCUCGUUGAGCUUUUCAGCGGCCAUGCAGCGUCUGGGCGGACGGGUUAUCCAGAUGGAUGUAAGCACAUCAUCCGUGAAGAAGGGUGAAUCGCUGGAGGAUUCCGUGCAAGUCAUGGCCGGUUAUAGCGAUGUCGUGGUCAUUCGACACCCCGAGCCUGGCGCGGUGGAUCGAGCUGCCAAAGUGUGCCUAAAGCCCGUGAUUAAUGCGGGCGACGGUGUGGGCGAGCAUCCAACUCAAGCUCUACUAGACGUGUUCACCAUUCGCUCAGAGAUUGGCACGGUCAAGAACCUCACCGUGACCAUGAUCGGCGACUUGAAACAUGGUCGCACUGUCCACUCUCUGGCCAGAAUUUUGACACUCUACGAAGGAGUUCAACUUCGAUAUGUGUCACCCAAGGGUCUUGGCAUGCCCAAGAAUGUUCGAGAUUACGUCCAAGCGGUUGGGGUGCCGCAAACCGAUUUCCCAUCAUUGGAGAAAGCCAUUCAAGACACGGACGUCUUGUACGUGACUAGGAUUCAAAAGGAGCGAUUCGAAUCCGAGUCGGAAUAUGAGAUUGCCUGUCAAAACUACAUUGUCAAUGACAAGACCAUGCAUCAUGCCAAGGAGAAGAUGGCCGUUCUUCACCCUUUGCCUCGGGUUUUUGAGAUCUCGCCCGAGUUCGAUAAUGAUACCCGAGCCGCUUACUUCCGACAGGCUGAGAAUGGAUUAUACGUGAGGAUGGCUCUAUUGGCCAUGGUUCUGGGGAAAUGCUAAGAUGAAUGAUGUACACCCCACAGCUUGGCAAUACAAACAUAAUUAUUGGCCAAUUUUAAACUGGACACGAGUCUCGAAGAACAUUUUCUGUCAGAAGGAACUUGUUGCCAUCGAUCACGUUGUCAUUGAUGGAUACUUGUUUGACGCAACCCGAGAAAUAUUGCUCAGUAUCUGAAAAACAAAAAAGAGGAGAAUAAACAUCAUGUCUGGUUCCGCUUGUUA